CUAUAGUAAAGUUAGAAAAACAGCUGGUAUUUAGUAGCCUCAUUUUCUAAUCUUGCACUUGCACUUGCACUAAACUGUAAUAAUAAAAUAACAUAAAUAAUAUCUAAAUCAAGCACGUGUAAAUCAUGGAACCUGAUUUUAAAAAGCCUCAUCAAAAUAAUCAUUUAAAAAAUAAUAAAACUGAUACUAAUAACACAAGUAAUAAGAUACCAUUUGAUAAAAAGAAAUAUCGUUUAAAAAAAUACAGCAAUAAAUAUAAAGUUGAUAAAUGGGAAGAAAAAAGAAAAAAAUCUGUUAUUCAUAGAUUUUAUAAUGAUCUUCAAAAAACACAAAAAAAAGAUUUAUUAAAACAAGGAAAUAAUCAAAAAAAUGAUUCAUCAACAUCAGAAAAUACUCAGGAUAAUGGAAAAUCAUUGGAGACACCAAAAACAGAUGAAAAACGAAAACAUCAACCAAAUGCAUUUGUGGCAGCAAAAUUAGCUUUUAAAAAAAAACAAGAAGAAAAAGAUCACAAAAUAAAAGCUAUUUUAAAAGCAAAAGCUGAAAGAGAAGAGGCAAUAAAAAAAUAUAAAGAAAAGAAAUUUAAAAAAACAAAAAUGUUAACAAAAAAUACAAGAAGAGGACAACCAGUUAUGAAAGACAGAUUAGAAUUUUUAUUAGAAAAAAUUCAAGAAAAGGUAUAAUCAUUGUUUAAAAAAUUUCUAGUUAAAUUUUGAAA